GAUCGGCCCAGCAUGGAGGGGACGCGGCGCGCCCUGCUCCGCCUCGCCGCCGCCUGCUGCCUGCUCUGCGCCCUGCCAGGAGAGGGUCAGAAGACAGCAGAGAUGACACCACCUUAUCUUAGCACAGCGCUAACCUCGCAUCAGCCAAGGGAAGCCUCUGCCUUCAGUACAGUGACUGCUGCCAUUCCUGAGACAAGCCUGGAGAAAAACUUGACUGCUGCCACACUCAAUGCCACUGGAGCCCAUGCUGCAGAGAUGGAGGAUGCCUCCAUCCCUACCACCCCCAUGGUGGGCACCAAGGCAGAGACACUGCAGGCUUCCACCACUGCCAGCGCCGGGGAUGUCACCGUUACACAGCGUGAGCACCACAACCUGAGCUUGUCAGCCAACAGCAGCACUGAAAUCCUCUCCCCUACCCCAACUGCCAGCACUCUGGAAGAAAACCAGCCCGACCACAAGGUCCCUGAGCCUUUCAGCACAACUGAAGAAAUGGAUGAGGCCAGUAGUGCAACCCCCACGCCUGCCCUCAACAGUGUGCCGGCAACAAGUAACAGCUCUCAGCUAGGGCCUUUUGGUGGGCAGACCAUGGGACCCACAGCAGCAAGGUCUGAAACCAGUCCAGGAACGAGCCCUGGGGGUGCCACAGAGGAGAGCACCGUGGAGCCCAGAACCUCCUCUGCUCCCAUCUCAACCACAGGGAGCGUGUCUUCUGCUACUGCCUCUAGCACUGUGACAGUGAGACCCCUUGUGACCAGCUCCACGUAUACCAGCACAGCUGCCAUCCCCACCAGCACACCUACACUGGAGCAGGCAUUAGAGCCCAUGCACGAGAAAGCUUCUGUGUUGGAUGUUGGUGAUGAUGAAAAUCCAGGUAAAUGCCCUGCUUUUGUUUGUGCUCUCACAAAGGUUGGGGCUACCUCAAGUUGCCUCCGAGUUGUACUGAGCAGAACCAGUAAAGGCAAGGCUUUGCUACUCCAGCCCUUUAAGGUUCUCCUUUGGCCUCAUUCCCUUGGUAUCCUUGCAGAGCUACCCAGUUCCCCUUUGGCUGAUACAACGAGGGCUGAUCCCUUGGUGAUCACCGUGAUCUCUGUCUUCAUUGUCAUGGUGGGCAUCCUGGGCCUGGUGGGCUUCCUGAGGUACCGCCAGCACAACAGCCGCAUGGAGUUCCGGCGCCUGCAGGACCUGCCCAUGGUCCCUCUCCUUCAAUCCAGGGUUUGAAUCAAGACAGCAAGUCUCAAGGUUGGCCACUAAAGAAGCUCUCUGCCUUUCCCUCACUCUGCAGGGGAAUGCUAAGAGGUUAAAUAGAGAGAGGAAGGGGAGCUCCAUCCAAACUUCCCCUGAAAUGACACCUUCCUAGCUGCUCCUCCUGUGUUCUUGAUAUAUUUGCUUUGUGACUAUGACAAAGCAGAUUCCGUGCUCUGCUCCAGCAAAGUUGUCUGUCUGUCUGUCUGCGUUUGACCCUUUGGGGAUAUAAAACCACGAGGGUUUGAGAGGCUGGAUUAGCUCUGGGGAAGAUGCAACUAACUCACUGUGCUUUCUGGGACAGAGGAGUACCGGUUCUCUUCUGCAGCUAGCAAGCAAGCUGAUGCUGUUUCAAGCUGAGUGGAGUUUUCCACAGCCAGGGUUUUCCAAAUUCCUUCAGCAGGCAGACUCUUCCUGAAUACACCUCUUCUCUCCAAAAGCUGCAGCAGGAGGGGAGAGUGACAGUCCAAGGAAUUGCACAGGGACAGCAUUUAGGAGGAUUGCUGGGCAGAUGACCACACUGUGACAGUGUGGAUGAGAAGGCUGUGCUGCCUGCACAGCACUCUUCCAGGCUGGGACUGUGUGCCACCAUGCAGACUUCUCAUUAAAGCACCCUCUUCUCUGCUUCUAGGAUGACAUGAUGGAGGACACCCCUCUCUCACUCUACAGCUACUAGGCAGCCAGGCUGUCCUCUGCCUGGCCGGCUGAACUUCCCAGAGGAGAAGGCCUUGAGGACUUCUUGAGGUCCCAGACGAUCUGCUGAGGAAUGAGGGGCUGUGAUUUGCACACAACUGAAAGAUCCUUUUCAGAUGGCUUUUGGCUUUAGACAUUUUAAAUAGUUCAAUGUUGAAGUUUUUACACUGAGAAACAGAGCCCAGGUCUGGCCCUUUCCUCCAGGCUCUCCUUGAAACAAUGCCCUGAAGAGGUGCCUCCUCCUUUUAGUGUGGUGACCAAUUAGCCAAGACAACCUUUGCCAUCAUGUUCUGCAUGGAGCUCUUCUGUCCAUCUUGGUGGCUGCUGCUUUCAAAGGAGGUGGGCAAGUGAUCCAUACAAGAGCUCUUAACACUGGUGGUGUCAGCAAGUGCUAGCAAAGGAGACUGCUGUUUUCUGAGGGAGCAAAGGGUGUGGAAAGCAGUUGUCUUGGGCUCCCUCUUGUUCUGUAUUUUUAAGGUUGUUUGGUUUGGGUUUUUUCUUGCACUUUUUUUGUUUCUGUUUCAGCUUUAGUCCUGGGAUUGGCACAGCCCAUCCUGAAACACCUACCAGGAGGAUGACAGACUUCUCUGCUUCCUUCCUACAUGCAUACCUUUUCUCUUUAACCAGGGAAAACAGUUUUGUGGCCACUGGAGAAGUGCCCUUGCUACUUGAUGUUGCUUUGAAGUUGCUGGGAGGAAAAUGAACAUAAUUUUAGCUUAACAGGGCUUGAUAGGACUCAGUCUGUUGCAAUUAGACACGCUAAUUUGGUCUCACCAAAAUUAGGAAAGUGUGUCUCCCAUACUUGAUGCUUUCAGCAUAUGUGUAAACUCUUUGCCCAGGCUCAGUGAAUGCUUUAGUCCAUUUCCCUGCCUGGAUUGACACUUGCCUUUCCUCAGGUACCUCCCAUUUUGCUGCUAGCAUCUGGUUGCUGAAAGUUGUUGUACAAAACUAGUACUGCACUCUGCCUCCUCUGCUAUGCAAGGUCAAAGCUCUUUUACCUUCUAAUGUUGGUCUUUGUGCCAGUUGGUUUCUCAUCAUGAGGACAGAUCCUGGAUGUAGGUGCCUUCCUCCCCUUCCCUUUCUAGGUGUUAGGCUGAUUAGAUUCUGCACUUUUGCCUCGAAGUAUCACUGCUGUAGACUGCAUCCAAGGCUCCUGAGUCCUCUCAAGGAAUGGACCAGAGCCUCUGAGUAUAAGUCUGAGGAUCUUUUGGUGCCCUCGCCUCAGAAAGACUGUAGUGUGCAUAACAUGAAAAUGUUCAUGUAAUUAACACUUGCUCCUAUUUUCUAAUUCACAUUUGACUGCAGGUAAAGAGAAACACAUGUCUUCUCUAGAGUGUUUGAUUUGUGACUAAGCCAGUUGCUCCCUCAGGGUACAACAAGGGCUAGACAGAGAUUGUCUACAACAUUGCUCUUACAAGCCUCAGUCUCUCCUCUCCUUUCAGUAGCAACACUCACUGACCCCACAAAGGACAGGUACCAGCCCUCACUAGCAAAAGUACCCUUUUUUUCCAGUGCUGUCAUUGCUUGCCUUAGCAGGGAAAGGGGAAUUUUCCCAUCAGCAGAUCUUGAAUUACCUGCAAAGCCCAAAGAUGGAGCAGAACUGGUCUGGGUCAAAUAGAUGAACUGGGUAAGGCAGUGGUUCCUCCUUCCUGAGCUACUACUGCCCAAGUGGCUGACAAACGGCUGCGGUGCAGUUUAGGUUCAGCUGUUGGCUUUGGCCUUGCAUCUGUUUAUUGUAAGGAUUCCCAGUAAAAUAGGGAAGAAGGGUUGUUUCUCUCCUACUAUUACUGCAUGAAAACUAAAGGGCAAUUGUCACAACUCCAAGCUUUUGUAUCAAGCAUUGUCUGCACAGAGCAAUCUCCCUAGCUACAGACUUGUUUCCCCUGCUGGAGGGCAGGGUGCUACUGGUUUUUGGCACAAAGAGAGGCAAGUUACUGGUGGAAAAUAGAACUCCAUCCUGGCUGGAACUGGUGCAGGCUGGCAGAGCUGGAAGGUGUCUCUGCACACAAUGGAAAGGGCAGGGGCUGGUUGUUCUGGAUUCCCACGCAUCGCUGUCCAGGGGAAAGGGGUGAGGAAGAAAACUCGCCCAACACCAAAGUGCAACUUUCUUUGUAAAAUAUGUUAAUAGUGGAUUUUUUUUUUUUUUCUGCAAUAAAGU